CAGCUCAGGUCACUUUCUGCAGCAGUCUACAAGAGCAGCUUCCUGAGAUCCUGUCCAGUAAAUAUUCCGAGCAGCUUCAGGUUAGUCUAGAUUUUUAUAGACAUGUCAUAUAUUGAAUCAUUUUCAUAUAAAUUUCUGUAAUGGACUAAUGCCCUUGUUGCAUGCACAAAAUCAAAGCUACAUUCAGAUAUAACAGUGAUUUCUGUAUUGAGUGACCUAUAUCCUGCAGAUCGAUGUGUGCUGAGUGGUAAAUAAAGGGUAAAUUUUAAUGGCUGCCUUUAAAAACUGUCCAAACCCUGAGGCUGCUAUAUGGACUACUUACCCUACUCCAUCAAAUUUAAUUCUGCUACAAUUACAUUUUUUACUAAUUUUAUUUUACAAUGACAGUGAAUAUCCUCUUUUGUAAAAUGCUGAUAUACUUGAAUACAUAAACUCUACCUCAUGGUUAGUUGAUGGGAAAAACCCAGCACCAAUGAAAUUAGCUUUCCAUUAGUGAAAUUAACAUGGCUUUUGAGCAGUAAUUGCCCCUGAAUCAAAAUCUGCCACUUGAUCUGUUUAUUAAAUGUGACUGACUGCAGUUAGCCACAGUUAUUAAGGCGUCUAAUUACUUAAAAUGAAAACCCCUAUUAAAAAUUUGAAGGAAAUAAAGCGAGUAAUUACAUAGCCUUAACAGUUAAGAUUAAACUAAACAUUCCAAAAUCCCACUAAAAGUGUUCUUUUGGUCAUUUUAUUUUGAAAUGCAUGUGUUAAUUUAGUGCUCAUCAGGUGUUUUAGUCUUUUAUUAUGAAAUCCAGAAAAAAUUCCAAUCCUGCCAGAUGCGGUGAUGUUGGAUGAUCAAUGCCAUGUAGCACCCAAAAGGGGGGGAAAGAAUUCAAAAAUCAAAGCUGUCGCCAUAGCAACGCCCCUGCCAGAUUCCACCAAUCAAUGGCGUCUGUGGGGUUGUGAGAUACGCCGCGGAAAGGCCAGCGUCCUACAUAAAGAGUGCGGGACAGGGAGCAGAGCGGCACACGGGGCAACGUACCCUUGUGCUAGUGACUGUCAAACAAAGACAAGAGCAAGAAAAAAAGAAGAGAAAAAUACCUGAAGGGGAAUACUUGGAGAUAUGUUGCGUUUAAGUGAACCAUGGAGUUUUUCCUUGGUUAUAAUGGGACUCCUAUCACUAAGCAUCAACUCUGUCCAUGUCAAAGCAGCUGCCCUGAAGCCAGAGACAGUGCUGGACAGUGGGGCCACCAUCCUUAACCACUCCAUGAGUUUGGUGCAGCGCAUAGAGAACUUAUUCAUGUCUGGGAACAACAGUGAUGUGACUUUGAGGGUGCAGAGCAUUAACACAGAUGAGGUGAAGGUGCUACAGUCCCACUCACUGGUGCUCAGUCUGCAGAGUGAUGUGUUUGAGGACCUGCUGCUCUCCCGAAACUCCAGCACUUUGAUUCUGAGGGAGGCCCCUGACUGUGCAGCUGUCUUUGAUAAGUUCCUCAGAUAUUUCUACAGUGGAGACAUCGGCGUGCGACUUGAACAGGCCAUUGCUCUGCACAAACUGGCCAGUAAGUACCAUGUGGGAGCCUUGCAGCAGGGAAUGACCCAAUACAUGACCCAACAUCUUUCCAGUGACUCCCCUUCAGGCCAUGUGGUCAACUGGUACAACUAUGCACUGCAAAUUGGAGAUGCAGCCCUGCGGGAUAGCUGCUUGCAGUACCUGUCCUGGAACCUGUCAUCAGUGCUGCAGAGUGCUGAAUGGGGCUCUAUAAGUGAAGACCUGCUUCUGUCUCUGCUCCAUCGCUCCGACCUAAUUCUGCAAAGUGAACUUGAGUUGUUCGAAGCAGUAGAGGCCUGGAUAAACCUAAAUCAACCCGUUGCUGCUACCGUAGAAAGCGCACUAAGGUCUAUCCGAUAUGGCAUGAUUCCUCCUCAGCAUCUUUUCCGCCUGCAGAAACAAUGCCCCCUCCUUGUAAAAUAUUACGAAGCUAUCCGUGACCUCCUCUAUCUUGCGUUCCAGUUCCACUCUGCAUCGCCUAUCCAACUGGCCAAGUACUUUGAUGUGAACUGUAGUAUCUUCACUCCACGUAACUACCUGUCUUCGUCUUGGGGUUCCAGUUGGGUGAUCAACAACCCCACCCGUGAUGAUCGCAGUUUCAGUUUUCAGACCCAGUUGGGCCCUAGUGGUCACGACUCCAGCAAAAGAGUGACAUGGAAUGCCCUCUUUUCACCUCGCUGGCUGCCACUCAGUGCAAGAUCCACCUACACUGAACUGGGGGCAAUGCAGCCAACGCGCACAGAUGGAGGUCGCCCUAGGAUCAUUGUGACGCCUGCUACGUCCAGCCCAGAUUUUGCUGGAGUGAGUUUCCAGAAAACCGUUAUUGUCAUGGCCAGACAACAGGGAAAAGUAGUAGUACGUCAUGUCUACAACUUUCACCAAAGCACAGAAGAGACAGGGGAUUUCUUGGCAGAUGCAGACCUCCAACGCCGCGCCUCUGAGUAUCUAAUUGACAGCUCUUUGUUCUUGCAUGUUAUAAUAAAACCUGUUUAUCAUAGUCUGUUGGUGUCAAGAAAGUGAAAGUAACCUCUGCUAAAACCACCUCAUCAUUGAUUUUACACUCUCCAACUGUACAAAACCAUGCAUGUAGUCCACUCAUAUCACAACACAUUGUUAUUCAUUAGAACAUCUUAUUGUCAAUCAGUGCAUUUUGUUGCCUUCCACCCGUUAAGAUGUGUGUGUUGUGGAUCAAAAUGAUUUCAUCGUUAUCAUAAAACUCAUAGUGGAGAUGCUUCCUACACAAAACACUGCAUUUGUUUUAGGUAAAGAUUCUGAUUAUUCCUAUUUAUUUUUUCCUUAUGCAAUAUGACGUAUGUAAAUGUUCUGACCUAGAAUUUAGUAUUUACAACUUUGUUUAUCACAACAGCCCUGCCCCAAGCCCCCAACUGCAGCCUAUGUUUAAGAUAUUUUUUUCUCACAAACAUUGAGCACUGACUAAAUGGUUCAUGUCCUAGUGAGAUACCUUAUAUGUAGUUACUUUAUUUAGUAUGUAUGCUUUUUUCUAUUUAUUUAUUUGUGGCAUUGUACUCAGUAAAUCCACUGUACUGUAACUAAUAAUAAUAAAAUGGAUUUGGAUAAUUAUUUAUUUAUUAUUUUA